CCAGGUGACUUACCAAGCGCAAUUUACAACAAACCAAAAACGCCAAAUGGCAUCUAGUCUCGUUUGAAUGUACAAUAAUUGCAUUAAAUUAUUGAAUGUUGUCACCAUAUUUUGUGGCAGUGCUUAUAUUUAAACAGGAACGUUUCUCAUUUUUCUAUUAGGAUAUUUAUUAAUUACAAAAAAUUAAAAAACUUCCCUGAUUAAAUAACUGAAUUCGAAAUUUUAAUUCUGUUAUUUUCUGUCAAAUUCUGCAAAACAGAAUUCAACUGAAUUGAAAAUUUGAAUUUGAAUUAAACAGAAUAAAAUCGUUUUAAGAAUUUCAAAUUCGAAUUCAGAACCAGAAAUUGGAGAAUUAUUUUCGAAUUAAUCAGAAUUAAACCGAAUAGAAUUAUUUAAAUUCGUUUUAAUUUGGACAAAUUCUGGUUUUCCUGCCGAAUUAGACAGAAUUCAUUUUUAAAUUAGGUACCGAAUUAACAGAAUUUAUUUGAAUUAAAUAGAAUUAAAAAUUUAAUUCUAUUUAUUUCGAUUGAAUUCAGUUGUUUAAUGAGGGUUACUUAAAUAAAUUUAUAUUCACUACUUACGAUAACAUGUAAAAUAAUGGUCUUUUUUAUAACUUACCUCCUAUUAUUACUAAUGUUUUCUUAUACCAGUAAAUAAUCAAAAAUUUCGUGAUGCUUUCCAAUCGAGGUAUGCAAUUAUAUUAUAUUUAAAAUCAUUGCGUACGAAAAUUCAAGUUUAGAAAAGUUUCAUACGAAGAUUAGUAAUGAGACGGACAAAACAUGAUGGGAAAAUCCUAACUUUUUCGAGAAAACUGCUUUUCCUUGGGACUGCUCCAGUAGAACAACGAAUUCAUCUAGAGAAAAUAAAAACGAAAUGCUCUUCAACCAGCAAAGCCAGUGGUGCGCGCUACAUAUGAAUGCGGAAGACAUCAGACACGUGAUAAAUUCAUCAAUACAGAGUAGAGAUCCAAAGCAAGGGCGCGUAUACUCAGUCUCGCUAUUAAACUCUCAAUGAAUAGACCCUAUAUGGAUAAUGAAUGAAUAUAUAUAUAAAAAAUAUAUUAUUAAGGAUAAUCGACUGUGAUCGAUCCGGCUGCGAAAGUUGCCGAAUCGAUUAUCGAUCAUCCUCUGAGGCAACACCACACAUAUACGUAUAUAUACAGGAUAUUAUCUCAUCCACUUCAUGAUGACGUCUUUAGAAACUUUUUUCCUUGUUUUUGACAUUAGCAGAGUUUGCUUUAAAAUUCGUAUCGUAGAUAUUCUAUCAGUCGUCAUUAUCAGCGCAAAAGCGCACAUGACAAACUAUUUAAAUAAUCAGAAAAAAUUCAAGAAGUUUAUCGUAUUUUUCUAAAAAUUGGAUUAUUCAAGUAAUUUUAUAAUUCAAAAAAUUAAAGAAAUCAUUAAUUUAAACGAUAUUAAGAAUACUGCAUAGUGAAGUCUGAAUACGACUCGUAAAACGAGUUAAGUGAGUUUAUCAUAUGUCCUUGAACUCGAAGAGCAUUCCAUUGAUAAAUAUUGUCGCUUGACCCGAAUCACUUGAAAGCUGUCUAAUGAUAAUUAAAUAAUGAAUUUGAUUUGUGUAUUAGUAAUUAUAAGAGUCUGGGGAUUAUUUGAACUUUCUCAUGGUAGUCAAGAGCCUUGUGCACUUAAUCAGUUCCGUUGUUUAAACCAACAAUGUAUCGCUGGAGAAUUUUUGUGUGAUGGGAAACAGGAUUGUUUAGACGGAAGUGAUGAAACUCAACUUGAAUGUUUGAAACCUGAAAUAAUUUGUCCAGAAUACGCGUUUCGUUGUGACUAUGGUGCCUGUAUUGACGGAGAUGCAGUAUGCAAUGGAAUUAACGACUGCAUAGACAAGACUGAUGAAAAACUACCAAGAUGUCAUGAUUCUUCUAAAAAUACGUCUGUGGUGAAUUCAAACUGUGGAGUCAAUCAAUUUAAAUGCAGCAAUGAAAAGUGCAUUGAUGAAGCAUUGGCUUGUGAUGGUUCUCCUGAUUGUAGCGAUCGAUCUGAUGAAACUUCGACAACUUGUAGUUCUAAUGAAUGUCCGAAGUUUACAUUCCGAUGUGCUUAUGGUGCAUGCAUUGAUGGAGAUAUGAAGUGCAAUGGAAUCCGAAACUGCGCAGAUGGUUCUGAUGAAGAUUUCAUUUUGUGUAAUGAAGAAAAACCAUUGAGUACUUCAACAACUGAAAAACCGAUAAGACAAACAGUUCGUACAACUUCACAGCCUUGGACUCAAUCGCAAUCUCCUUGUGUUCCACCAAAGCAACCGCAAAACGGACGAUGGAAAUUACAUAAAUCACAGUGUCAAAGUAAUGAUCAUUGCGAUGCAAACGGAAAUACUGCUAUGGUACCUGGAACAUAUCUAGUUUAUACUUGCAAUUCCGGAUACGAGUUAAAAGGUUCCGGUGAUAUUUUUUGUGGCCCGAAAAGUAAAUGGUCCGGCGAACCAGAAUGUGUUGAAAUUCGUUGUAAGCCGUUGAGUUCAGCAUCAACUAUUGCAGAAUGUACUUAUAAUGACGGAUGGAUAUCCUGUGAAGCACCGGUUCCUCCACAAACCACUGCUAAGAUAUCAUGUCGUAAUAGUUAUCGUCAAGAUGCGACUGUACUUGGUCUCCAAAGGGACUCUGUCCGAUGUAAUUCUAGAGGCGAAUGGGAGCCUGAACCAAUCAAUUGUAUCCCAGUGUGCGGUGUACGGGCUCCUUCAAGCCUCGAACCUUUAAUUGUUAAUGGAAGACGCCCCAAUAUCACAGAAUUUCCUUGGCAUGCGUCUUUAUAUAAAUCUGAUUCUGCUAACGGUGAAAAAAAGUUUAUUUGUGGUUCAACGAUAAUACAAAGUGAUUUAUUAAUAACAGCGGCUCAUUGCGUUUAUGAUGAAGUCAUGAAAAGAGUCGAGGAUCCUGGAAAAUUUUCUAUUGCCGCAGGAAAUAUUUUUCGAGAUUUUAAUAGUCUACUCCAUGAUUCACGAGUUGUACAGAAAAGAAAUGUCAAAAAGAUUCUAAUCGAUUGUAAUUACUUGGGUUUCGAAGGAAAUUAUGCGCGCGAUAUUGCCAUCAUACAAAUUGAUAAACCGUUCACGUUUACAUCAAUUUUAGUACCGAUUUGUCUUGAUACUUCAGUUUAUGACCAUACGGCUAUAGAUGUUGGGAAAUUAGGAAGUGUUGCAGGAUUCGGCAGGACUGAAAUGGGCCAGUCGAGUGGUAUUUUACAGUCUAUAACUCUUCCAGUUGUACCUCUAAGUCAAUGUCAGUCAGCGAGUGUGUCGUCUGAUGCUGAAAAAUUUAUCACAGUUGACAAAUUUUGUGCCGGAUAUACAAAUGGGACCUCGGUUUGUGAUGGAGAUAGUGGUGGUGGUCUAGUCUUCAAUGAGCGAGGACUUUGGUAUAUUCGAGGAAUUGUUAGCGUAGGCAUCGGUUCAAAAAUAUCCGGAGGCUCUCGCACUUGCAACAGUCAUCUUUAUUCACUCUACACUAAAAUUUCUAGUCAUAUAUCGUGGAUACAAGACAUCAUUUUCAAACUUGAAACUAAUAAAAACAUUCCGGCAUGUAAAGUAACAUCUUGAUAACUUUUUCA